GUGUCAUUAUUUCGCGGUAACACUCCAAGCUCGAUAUAAAAAUGUGUGAGGAGCAAACACUCAGCCACUGAAGACGACGAACCGACGAAGUGACAGAGCAGAGGAGCAUUACAGAGAGCGUGGGGUUUAUUUUCAGUUGUAAGCCACGCCUGCUUACGUGAUCUUAAAUCGUGAGCAAGUGGAAACUUCACAUGUCAGUGCGCGUUUGCUGCGAGCCAGGACCACUACACUGGAAACAAAAUGCCGAGUGCUUUCCAAGGACUGUACGUCUUGCUGAUGUUCAGUCAAGUACUGAACUACACUGUAGGUUCUGACACUGGCUGUGAAGACUGGACAUUGUCUGGAUCUCAUGAUGUCUGCUGCAAGAGAUGCAAGCCAGGGAACCGCUUGGUGGAAUCAUGUGGAAGAGAGCCAGAAAAGCUCUGUACUCCCUGUGAACCUGGCACUUACACAGUCACUUUUGACAUGUCCUGUUUGAGAUGUACCCAGUGUGUAGGUGUACAGUUUACACUUAAACCCUGCACUAUCAGCAGCGAUACUGUAUGCGGAUGCAAGGCUGGAUAUCGGUGUGGAAAUGCUGAAUGUUCUUUCUGUGUUACUGAAUGCAAGGAGGGCGAGGAGCCCACCAAAAAACGAAUGUGUAAAAAAUGUCCACCUGGAACAUUCAAUGAUAAAGUCCACAGUAGUUGCAGAGAGUUUAAAAGUUGUCCUGAUGGAGAGAUUUUGUUCAAAGGAAAUGCUACCAGUGACGCUAUCUGCAAAAAUUCAGGCAAAAAAUCUGAACAAGAUACCUUACCUGUAAAGAAAGAAGAACCUCCAGAACAGACAAUCUGGCUUCCGGUCUUCAUUGCUGGAGGGAUGGCAGGGUUGGCUGGCCUUUGUAUCAUAGCAUCAGUGGUUGCAUACGUAAAGGCACAAAAUAAAACAGAGAAGAAGCCAAAAACUGAUAGCACUGACCAAGACAACUCAGAUGAGUCCAGGAUUAUGAUAGUGGAACAGGAAGACUGUAGUUGCCGUCGUCCUGAGCAGGAACAGGGUGGCAGCUCAGAGUCCAUAAAUACGCAAGAUUCAGAGUCUAAACUCAUAGUGUGAGUUCACCGGUCAGCUUUUAUUUUCUUAAUUGCUACAAUAGCAAAAGGAAACUACAGCUGAACAUCCACUAAACUGUGAAAAACAUUCUUGACUGGGUGUCGAUCAGCCAUUCCAGCUGGUGUAUCGGUGAUUGAUGGGAACAAAAUGGGCAUUUUAAUGUUCCAAUGCACAAAGUGAGCUUUGAAUCACAUUACUGUAUGCAUUAUUGCCUUUUUCACUUCUGAAGUACAGUGCACCUUAACACAAGAUGAAAGGGUUGUUAACGUAGGUGUGCAGUAGCAGACGGUAUGUCAACACUUUUAUGAGAGUAGGUGUCAUCUACUGGUGCUUGCGUCACAUUUUCAGGUCAAAGCCCUCUUGAAAUACCCUGGUGGGCUUCCCCUCUUUUCUGUUGAAAACAGCACUUUUUUGAAAAAUUCUGGACCAAGAACAUUGAGACAGAAGAACAAUGAGGUUGUUUUACAUUGUGUUUGUUUGUUUUUUUUUUGUUCAAUUUCUGGGAAUCAGAAGAAACUUUAUGGUCAGUGAUUGACCAAAUCAUGAACUGCAGUCAAGAAACAACAGUAUUGUCUCUCCUGUUGAAACGGAACUUUUGACCUCAUUAAGAUUAUGUGCGUUUUACUGUUUGUGUACAUAUUAGGAUUUAAAAAUAAAGAAAUAAAAUGGCUAACCCAGGCCAAUCUAAACUUUGGGAUAACAGAA